AUGAAGACAGCAGCAGCUCUUUCCGCGAUCAUCGCGCUGGCAAACGCCCACGCCACUUGGCAACAACUCUGGAAGAACGGAGAGGACCUUGAGAGCACUUGCGCCAGGCUUCCAUCAACCAACAGCCCUAUUGAGGACUACACUAGCACGGCAUUGCAAUGCAAUGUGAAGCCCGCUGCGGCCGCCGGCAAGUGUUCUUUCGAGGCAGGUGACACUGUUACCAUCGAGAUGCACCAGCAGACCAACAGCCGUGACUGCAAAACCGAGGGCAUUGGCGGUGCUCACUGGGGUCCCGUCAUGGCCUACAUGGGCAAGGUCGAGGAUGCUGCGAGUGCCGAUGGCUCUGGCGAAUUCUUCAAGGUCUACGAGAACGGUUGGGCUAAGGCACCUGGCUCGUCCCAGGGUGAUGCCGACUUCUGGGGCACCAAGGACUUGAACUAUAACUGCGGAAAGCUCGACUUCAAGAUCCCCUCUGACAUCGCUCCGGGUGACUACCUGCUGAGGGCUGAGGCCGUUGCUCUCCACGCUGCUAGCUCCGCUGGAGGCGCUCAGCACUAUGUCACUUGCUACCAGUUGACUGUUACUGGAAGCGGUACUCUCACACCCAAAGGUGUGAAGUUCCCAGAAGCAUACUCCAAGACUGGCCCUGGCCUUGGAUUCUCCAUCCACGCACCUCUCGACGCCUACCCCAUGCCUGGCCCUGAGCUCAUCGCCUCCGGAACCAAGUCCACUCCUCAGCUCCUCACUUUCGGCACCAUCACUGGCGCCCCUGCUGCUGGAAACGGCUCUCCUAAGCCUGCAUCUUCCUCCAAGGUUGCUGCGCCUGCCAGCUCCACCGCUGCCAUUGCUCCCGCCACCUCCUCCGCUGCUAUUGCUCCCGCAUCCUCUAGCGUCAUCGCUGGUGCCGUCACCACUCCAGUUGCAAACAGCACCGUUGCGCCCACACCAAGCGCUGCCCCAGUCGUUCCAUCCAGCGUCCCUGCUCUGACUCCCCCAGUUAUGUCCAGCAACUUCAGCAUGACCCUCGCUCCUGCUCCUAGCACUCUCGCUACCUCCACUCGCCCGCAGCCUACCCAGGGUGGCAACAACGGUGCUAUCAAAGAAUGGGCUCAGUGUGGUGGUCAGGGCUUCCAGGGCGCCAGUGCGUGCGCCUCUGGUCUCGUUUGCAAGGACUGGAACCCGUACUACAGCCAGUGCAUCAAGUCUGAGGGCGGUGCCAACGCUCCAAGCGCCCCUCAGGCACCAUCUUCUCCUCAGGUGCCAUCUUCUCCUCAGGCACCUUCUACACCUCAGGCACCUUCUACACCUCAGGCCCCAUCUACACCUCAGGUGCCAUCUUCUCCCCAGGCCCCUUCCGCUCCGGCUGCGUCUGCGCCAGCUGCGGAGCCCGUCGUUGUCGCGCCUUCUGAGAACGAACCCGCGGAGAAGACCUACACUCUCGAGACUUUCAUUGCUUUCCUCGAGAAGAACGCUGGUAGCGAGAGCGCUGCUAAGAUCCGUCGCAUGAUCGAGGCUCUUCAGUAG